UGAAUUAAAGUGCUUCCUGACACAGCAGUCCUGUCGGAAGGUGAAUGGCAGCAAUUGGAGCUGUGAUCAUACUGCGGCAUUUCUGUCCCCAGCGUCUGACAGCUGAGCGGGUCCACAUCCACGACUGUGAAGACCACAGAGUACUGACUAGUCUGCACGCAUGUGAUUUACAGUUAUAUGCUCUGAGAAGGUGCGCGAAACGUGCGUGUGGUCGUGAGUGGAAGGGGAAGAGGAGGGGGGGGGUGCGCAUCCUUCCGCAGGGAGCGCGCCUCCGCUGGAUCUCCUCUUCUCACCGUCACACCCACUAGCUCCGUGUUGUGGGUUCACCCCGCGGAGAAGGGGAGGACCAUCAGCUCACGCAGCGGCAGCGAGUGCUGCAUUGUGAGCGCAGCAGGAGACCCAGAAGGGAGGAAAGACACACUCACUCUCACACACACACACAACCACACACACACUCUGGCACAUAUCAGUAACGUAAUUGCCGAAACUUGGUUUAUGGAGAGAUCUGCGACAGCGCCGCAGCGACGCAGGCCGACAUGGAAGAGUAUUUGCGGAGGGUCCAGAGCAGAGUCGCGGCAGGUCUGUCAGAGAUUCCCUUCCAUGUGGUUUUAGGUGGACCUGAGCCAAAUGUUGACACUGUGGCUGCAACACUGUGCUUAGCCCUGCACCUCAACCUGGAGGAACAAUCUGGUGGACUGUGCGUGCCGGUGCUGUGCAGAGGCCCGUGCCACACCUUGUUGCCUGAGGAAACUGUGAAGUUUUUGCAGAGAGUAAACAUUCCUGAGGAUUUGUUGCUCUGGAAAGAGCAUAUAGCCCUGGUGGAACUUCAUCAAGCUGAGAAGCUCUCACUAACUCUACUUAGAGAUGGAUUACUUGACAGCUCUGAGUACCACAUCCUGGAGUCCAGCAUUCGGCAAGUGGUCCAUCAAAAAGUGCAGAGAGAUGCAGGGGGUGAUGGGGGACUGUCCGCAGUCACAACAGUCGCCAGGAAGAUUCUUCAAGAAGCAGCGGAGCACAUCAGUGCGGCGCUGAGGGAGGUUCUCGGAGAGGCUUUGAAGCUGCAGAGAGAGGAAUGGUGGAUCAAACACGGCUGUCAGUCAGAGGAGCUGGAGGAACUUGUGAGAUGUUUGGAGCAGUGGGACGACUUCAGUGUUCAACAACAGAGGGACAUGAAUCAACAAGAACCGAUGCUGCAGCUGACACCGAAGCUGAGGGAGUUUUCUGACGGGGAGACUACCAUAGCGCUCACAUCCCUGGCCACGGACGAGGAGGGAUGGGAUGGCUAUGUGGACGGGCUAAAAGCAUUCACCCAUCAGCAUGGCUACGACUGUAUAGUGGUCCUCCUGUCGAUCCAGGAUGCAGUGCAUCAUCCUCGCCAGCAGGUGGCUGUCUUCUCAAACAGCACACAUGUCCUCAACCAGAUCUGCACUGAGUUAGAGGAGUCCUCCUCUUGGUCUCUUUCUGGAGAACCUGGAGAUGGAGCAAGUCUGCAAGUCUACCACAUUCCUAUAAACUCAACUGCAUCUUCUGGCAUUCCUUCUGUUCUGGAGGAGGAAAUCCAGAACCUUCUCAAGGACUUUGUCAACAGGAGGAGCUCUGUAUUAGCCUGCCAUCCCAGCAGUAGGACCUCUUCUACGGAGGGGGUGGCAGGCAGCGUGGAGUUCUCUCAAGGUUCGUCUGGUAUCAAUGACAUGGAUGGUUCUGACACGGAGAGAGCAGAGGGCAGCAGUGAAAAUGUGGCUGUUGAAAGGGCAAUGGCAGAUGGUGAAGAGGAGAUGGGUGCUGUUGGAGUCAGUGCUGGGGCAGAGCCGUUAAGUCCUGACAGUGGUAUGACCACCAUUCGCAGCAGUCGCUCUUCAAAGGAGAGCUCAGUGUUCCUUAGCGAUGAAAGUCCGGUGGGUGAGGUUUUAGCAGCAGGAGGUGUAGCUACGGGGCCAGUAGGACUUUUUCUGAGAAGUCUGUCUCCUCUGGGGCUGUCCUCUCUCUCACCCCCUGUGCCCCCUGAAAGAAGGAAGCACCGUUCUAGCAAAAAAAGCAGCGACACCUUUGACCUGUUCUGUUUUGACCCAUUGCAUAGCAGUGACCUGCCAGCUAAAGACGAAACGCAAAACUCUGAGGGAGAAGCUGAAGGGUCGAGAAAAGCUGGAAGCUCUAGCUUCUCAGAAAUCGAUGAGCUAAGCUUGGUAGAUUUCUCUGCAGCUAACUCAAUAGGAGGCCAUGAAAGUGUAAAUUUGUCAAUUGAUCACCAGGGACUACUUCUUGGGAAUGAGAUCACUGACACCAUGGUACCCCCAACACCAGUGAACAGCCUGGCUGGCAGUCGUCCACCUAGUAGUUGUGGCCUCAGGUUCUUCCCUGAAGAUGUCAUUGAAAGGAUCAAUGGUCUGCAGUGCAAAGACAGCAUGUCAUCAUCUUUGUCAGAGACCUGGGAUGAACUAAGCUUUGAUACACAAGGAGCCUCGUCUUUGAGUGAUUACAGGCCUAGAGACUCUGAAAGCCCUCAGAAUGUUAUGAACGAAGUUAGCAAAGCUUCAGUGAGUGAUAUGACAGAAAAAGAAAAUGGAGACAUCUUAAAAUCAGAGAGUUCCCAGCAGACGAUAGGAAGGCUCGAGCCUCAGCUUAGUUUGAUAAUUGAAACUAGUCCAUCCUAUGAAAACUGGAAUCCAGACUCUGUGCUUAGAGAUCAGUGGAACACCAUAUCUUUACAUGAUCUUCAACUGACACAUCCAGACGAUGAAGUCAAUAGAAAAAACAAACCUGCCAUCAGUGCAGGAAAAGGGAAUACAUCUAUAAUAUCAAAAAAGAAAAUAAUUUCAAACACUUUAAUGCCAGAAACAUCCAAAGAAGAGGACGAAGGUGCAAAAAGCACAAAGGGGACACAACAGCCAGAGCCUCUAGACUUCUGGACAUAUUCAGCUCAGAAGGGAUUUCUCAAGUCUGAUAGUGGAACCACCACCUCCUACCCUGAAUCUUUAGACAUGUGGAAUACGACAAUCAGGGACGACAGCUUAUCACCUCUCACUACCCCAGAGAAUUUAUCUGAAAACUCAGGUUCCUUUUCUUCAUUUAAUCUCACUGCUAUGAAAGACGCUUCUGUGGAAAAUUCCCACGGAUAUUCCGACAGUGGGAUGCAGAUGUGGAACACCACCAUACAGGAGGACAGCUCUUCCACAACAAGCACUCCUGAGGGACACGACAACGAACAACGCUUGAGUCACAUGGGAUCACCAGAUACUGGUUACUCUCCGGAGACUCUUGUUUGUAAAGACAGUGUACCGUCUCCUGUGGCUGAAGAUGUUGAGUGUAGAUAUCAUGAUUUCAAUGUGAGGAUUGUAAUUGAAGCUGUAGAGGGUGAAACACAAAGUGAGGAACCAGGAAAUAAUGACACCUUACAGGAUUCUGCCUCUGAACCUGCAGAAGAUGACACUCAACGAAGCAACAACAUGUGGGACCUACCUGUCCCAGGCAUUGUGACUUCUACCUCUGAGUAUGACAACAUUGGAGAAGGAUCAUGGAGCCGUGCAUCUUCACCUGAGAACUAUUGCAGUCCGGUGGUUGAUUUGGUCCAGCUUGAAGCUCAGUCCAGCCCAUUUUUACUUUUUACCAAACCUAAUGAAUUGAUAAAUCAAAACCAGACCACUGACUCUUCCAAACAGACUGAAUCCACUACAGAUAAGGAGCAAACAGCCAAGCAGGUAUUCCUGUUUGAUUGUGAUGUAAACAAAUGUGCGGAAAAUUUAGAUGGGAGUAAGUAUGAGAACAUCAGCAAAGAGGAAUUAGAGGAGACUAGCUGGAUGGAGCAACCUGGGGAUUGUUCCCCCUUUGUGUUUGUGGAACAUCGCACUGCCACGCAGCAAAUUUCAACGAAAGAAGAAUCAGAUUUAUUAUCUCCUCUGUAUGAUAACAUUUUACACAAUAAAGAUGACAGCCAAGAUGGAGAAAGUGAAAAAAACAAUGAAAAUAUUGAGGGCAGAAUCAAAGAAACUACAUCCCAAAGCAUCCAUACAGGUACGGAAAUAGAUGCACUGAGAAACUCCAUCAGCUCUCACACAGGUGAGUUACAUUUUCACGGAGAGUCCCUCUCAGGCUUGGAAAGGGAACACAUUGUGGUGCCGGAUGAGUAUGCUAAUAGAGAGGGGUCUAACAGUUGUGACCAGCAAUUAAAAGGAUUAAGAAAAUCCAUGGAGACCUUCAGCAUGUUAUCUUAUGCUGCCACAGUACUGAAAAAUCAAGCAGAAACUGCACAUCAAAAGCAGCUUCAGACUCCACUGCAAAGCAGUGAAGACCAAAGCAGAAGUGGGAAGAUCGGUUCUUGUGCAGACACAGACCUAAAUAAAGCUGUCUCAACUAAUCAACACCAAGCUAGUCUUGACGAUGCCAUUGAGCCUGAGCUGGUGCCAAAAAUGAUCACACCUACCCAAUUGAAAUCCAGCUUCGAAGCUCUCCACCAAACAGAUUCAAGACUAACAGAAGACGGAAAUCAUGAAAGUGACUCCAGCACUGUGGCUCGAAGUGUGUCUCCAUCAUUAAGACAUCCAUCAGAUCACUUCCUGAAAACCAGGGAAGAAGUUUAUGUCCAUUCCCAGAUAUCUAUGGAGGAUUCAGAUGAAGGUGGGAUGUCACCAACUGCAACUUCAAAAAGAGCCACCUCCUUGGGUGAUUUUCAUGCCUGGGGAGAACAAUUUUUGAGACAAGGUUCUUCUCAAAAAACAUCUGAACCACCAUCCCUCACUAACAGUACAAACUCCCAAAACAGCUCUACGAUUGGUACGCCCCUACAUGAGUUGUCUCCAGAAAAAAGCCUUGGCUUACCAUUCUCUGGAGAUUUAAUGGAAGAGGAGAAUGAUGAAGACGACCACGAAGAGGAAGCAAGCAUAGAUUGUUCGUGCUUUCCUAAAUGGACUCCAGUCGUACAAAGAACUAGAGGAGAAAUAAAAGGGUUUGGAUCUUCUGAUCUGCUCAGCUUUUCUAAUGACCAGACUGGAGGAUGUCACUCACUUCAACAAAAGGAUUCACAGACAGAGAGUGAUGGCUUUCUGUUGAGCAGAGACGAUCGUAAAGACCAACAACUUGUGCAUCAUGCCGAAAAUUAUGAACCUUCCAGAGAUCCAUAUUCAUCUGUUAUAAGAAAGCACCAGGAUAUUGCCUCAGCACUGCCAUCCCAGCCAGCCAAUGACAAUGCUCCAUACCAGUGGGCAGGGGGUCAGAACACAUCUCAGGUCCAAAGCAACUAUGGCUACAACUACCAUCACAUCGAUCAAAGAACUGAAAACCUGUAUGGGUACGCCUUCCCAUCCUGUGGAGAUUCCAAACCCAACAGCCAGCAGGAACCCAGUAAUGUCUACGCUGAGUUUACAUCUGACCCCCCAGCCGUGCAGUACACAUCUGAGCACCCCGGGAAUUACUUUGAAACAGGAGCUAAUUCCCAGUGCAACCCAGAUGACAUGUGCUUCAAGUGUCCGAACAAUGUUGACAGUCAGCAUGAGUCAGGCCAUUCUCAUGUUCACCAUAAGCUGGAUGAUCAUGCUCAGUACGUGUCUAAAGGAUAUGUCAACAUUUUGUCGAGACACUCUCAGCAAGAAGUUGAUGCACCAGAGAUGAUGCUGAUGAAGACGGCCUCCUGUGAGGAGCUGGAUAACAGAGAAGACCCUCCGUCGUCCGUGGACGCAUCUGGGGGGUCCAGCCAGCGGAGGAAGUUGGCUGCUCCUCCUCUGGAUGUGUCGCUGGACCACAUCGAGGGGUCUCUUCUCUCAGAAAAUGCUCUGGACACCGAGGACGAGGCGCUGGACACGGGGGAUGAUCUCGACGUGAACAUCGAUGAUAUGGACACGCCUGAUGAAGGCGACUCACUGGAGUUCAACAUAAACGCAGACCCUGCUGAAGAGUCCCACGCGGUUGCAGGAGCAGCUCCAUCUCACUCUACGUCAGUCCAUGGAGCAGCAGAGGAGAGCAGAGGGAGCCGGCUGUGGAGAAGCGUCCUGAUUGGAGAGCAGGAGCAUCGCAUCGACAUGAAGUGCAUUGAACCGUACAAAAGAGUUAUUUCUCAUGGAGGUUAUUAUUGUGAACAAAAUGCCAUCAUAGUGUUUGCCGCAUGUUUUCUGCCUGACAGCGACUGUGACAACUACAGCUAUGUAAUGGAAAAUCUUUUUCUGUAUGUCAUAAGUACGUUAGAACUGAUGGUGGCAGAAGAUUACAUGAUUGUGUACCUGAAUGGUGCCACUCCUCACAGAAGGAUGCCAGGGUUUACAUGGAUGAAAAGGUGCUAUCAAAUGAUAGACAGAAGACUCAAGAAAAACCUGAAAAUGUUCAUCAUUGUUCAUCCUUCCUGGUUCAUUCGGACGUUGCUGGGAAUCACUAGGCCAUUCAUAAGUUCCAAGUUCAACAGUAAAAUCAAGUAUGUGGGAACUCUGAGGGAGCUUGGAGAACUGAUACCAAUCGAGUAUAUCCACAUUCCACCCAGUGUCCUGAAAGUCGACAAGGGGCGCUCGGCUGAUUGAUGGGAGUGCUGCCCAUUUUCUCCCUGCAUUAUGCUGCAUUCUUUACCACGGCAUGUCUUGAAUAUGAAAGCAGGCCUGCAGCAUGAUCUGCAUGGCACAGAACAUAUAAAAUAUGGGUCCAAAAUAGAAAUGCUGUGUUUCAAACAUCAGGUAUUCACUUGUUUCUCAAGGAGAGUCGUAUGGCUGCUUAUCACAAUACAGUAAUCCUGUAUUGGCCCUGCAGAGACUGUCACUGUGGUGAAGGGAAAAUGCUCUGUGUAUUUUUACACAGAGCAUCACAUGACCAUGUUUCCCAUAUUGCUUUCUAAUAUAAAACAACUUUUUUUUUACUUAAAGCAUCUCUUUGUGAGUUCCCUCGAGCACUAACAAUCAAACCAUGGUGAAAAACUAAAACUUGUAAAGCAACAUUUUCAACCAGAAGUUUUGUUACAUCCCAUUUUUCUUCCCUGGAAAAUCAAAAUGUUGAACUGUUAGAUUAUGAAUAGAAUGUUAAAUGUUUCUCUAUUUAGAGUAGAGUAUAAUCUUAUGUAUUCAAGGUCUAAAAAGCUAUAAUUGAUUCAUUAUUUUGUAAUGUUCUCUGGUGAGGGGUUUUGUGUCAAACAAGCUGGUACAUUUAUAGUAGCAAAAGUGGACAUAAAUCCUCUUAAGGCUGUGAUUAGGUCACUAAAUAAGCUUGCUGACUGGUUUGGAUAAAAAAAAAAAAAUUAAAUUUCAGCUGUUUCCAUUAGUUUUUAUUGCUUGUUGUGGAGAAAAAUACUUCAUUAUGUCACUUAGUCCUGAGUUUAAUCUUUCGAACAACUACUCACUAUUGAAACUGCAGGACUCUGCUAAAUCAGUUUGGAGCUGCAGCAACCAUUUGACAUAUUCUUAAAAAAAACUGUGAUUAGGGGGGCAGUUGUGUGUAAAAGUACCUGCUGUCUUUUUCUUUGUAUGUCUUCAUUUGUUGUAAACCAGUUUACUUCAUUAAAUAUGGUUUCCUCUGUUA